AAAGAAACCUACAACAGAAACCAGAAAAAUUAUAGAUGCGACACAUCUCAGAGAGGGCUCUCAAAGCUGUUCUGAGCCAGCUACCAAGGAUGCAGCUGCCCUCCCGCCUGUCCUCCUCAGUCUCACUGUAAGAAGAGAACACGUCAGGGGUUGGGGACAUUUACGCUCGGGCACCCUGUCACCAAAUGGAUUUUAGAAUCAAAACUGGCUUCCGUGACUCCUUUUAUAGGACUGAGAGAUUUAGAUUUGCCGUAAAACUUUACUGAUUGUGAAGCCGAGAACAUUGUUUAUAACUGGUGGCAUAAGACAAAAACAAUAGUGCUGGAUGUUAAGUUUCCUUUGUCCAGCAGAUAGUAUAAUUAAGCCAUUGUUCAUGCUGGUUGACAUAUGAAUAUAAACUGAAUGGGGAUUUGCCUCUAAGACAUCUGUCAUUUAAAUGUCUGUGGGUUCUAGCUGUGGAUUUGACAUUAGGAAGAAAGAGUUCUAGGAAAGCUGGGUGGGAUAAUUAUCAAAACCAUGGUCUGGUAGAGACGCUUGUCUGAUUGGGCAGGGCAGUGGAGGAGCCUUGACUUAGCACUCACUGGCAAUGGAGGGGUGUGGAGGGGACGCCGCGCCUACUGUGCUGGGCAGAUGUCAGCAGUGGUGAUCGGCAGGUCCAUGGCCAGAGAAGCUGGCAGCUGCAGAUGGGUGGAGCACUUGACAGGGGCCAUAAGUCAGAUAGACCCUCCACGAGGACCCUGCACGGAGUGGCUGGACUGUCCACGUGGGCUUGAGUAGGGACAACGCCAGGGGUGGGUCAGAAUCCCACAUCCGCGUUGGGUCUGUGGCUCCUUCAACAGCCAAGUCCUCAAGGUGAGGGAAAGGGGAGGUGAAGACGGCAAGCGAGGUGGCCUUCUCUGCAGCAGCGGCCAGGGUGUGUGGUCAUCACGGGGCGGCCUCAGGAAGGACUAGGCAAGACGCAGAACUAGGGAGCGUGUGGAGAGCUGGCUGAGGGAGGAAGACAGAGACCCGUGGAUUUGGGUGCAGUGACACAACCAAGCGAGUGUGACUAGCUGCCUGCCGAGUGGGGGUCCGCAGCUUGUCGCGUGUGUGUUGGUCACGUUCAGGAUGGGUCUGCAGGCCCGGCACCUGCAGUGGGGAUGGAAUCGCUUCCGCCGGGGGAAGGAUGUGCGUCCGAGGUUGGGAAAUAGAGUGGUGUGUGAUCACGGCUCGGGACUAGACUUCACCACUGCCACUGUCCCUCCUUCCGGCUACAGCCCCACCCACCUCCCUGCCAACCCCCUUUGCACGUCCUCUCCUUCCGCUUGGAAUGCUUUCCAACUGCUUUUCCAGGAAGCUUGCUGCAUUCAGGUCUUGCUGCCUUGAGGUCUCUGCUCAAGUGCCCUCUCUUCAGAGAGGCGUCUCCAAAUAGCACUCACUAAAAUAGCGGUCCCCCUUCUCUCUCCCCUAGAUGCCUCUUUUUCUCUCCACGGCAUUUUGCAUGACCCUCGGCAGUGUAUUUAUUUCUUAAAGUCUUUCACCCACAGAGAAUGUAAGUGUAGGAGACAGAUGAGACUGUUUUGUCCAUAGCUCCAGUGGGGUCACCAGUGGGGUCUAGAACAGUGCCUGGCACACACAAGGCUCCCAGGCCAUAUUGGAUGAGUAAAUAAGUGCCCUACAUAUUGUGUCUAUAGGACACAUACAACAGAGUAUCCUAGAUAAAGGACUGUGGCUUAAACAAGACUUUUCGGGGGCUGACCAUGGACACUAAACACUAUCUGUUUUAUUUGGAGAAAAAUGUUUCACGUACCAACAAACUAGUUUAUUAGCAGUCUUGAAAUACAAAUAUCUUUGUUAGCUGGGGAGGAGGGGGCUGUGUGUUUCCUGUAUCCUAAGACAGGGCUAUUUGCACAGUAAGUAGGUGCUUGGAAAAUGAUUUGAUGACCUUGCUUGACUUGGAAAUUAGCAUAAAUGCACUUUAUGUAUACAGAUUAUUCUAAUCCAAAAAUUCAAAGUCUGAAAUGUUCCAAAAUCUGAGACUUUUUGAGUGCUGCCACUCGAAGGAUAUGCUCACGUAUAUGAUGCAGAUAGUCCAAAAUUCAAAAAGUCCUAAAUCUGAACCACUCCUCAUCCCAAGCAUUUUGGAUAAGGUAUGCUCAACCUGUAUUAAAGAAUAGUAAAGUUAAAAUUCAGGGAUGUUCUUCACUUACUUAAAACAGCACCCUCUCUACACACACAGAUUCCAAGGAACAUAUUGUAUCUGUAUUACAUAUUUUCACACGUUACGGAAAUUUCAGACAUUCUAGGAUUUUAGAAAUAUGGCAGGCUUUCUUAUUUUAUUUCUGCGAUCAGGCUCAUAAGCCUUGACACUUAGCUGGAUUUAUAGAUUUAAUAAGCAGGAACAGAAGAAUGGAUAAACAAAAUGUGGGAUAUCAGUACAACGGGCUACUGUUCAGCAAUAAAAUGAGUGAACUCUUGGUAUAUGCUGUAAUAUGUGUGAACCUCAAAACAUUAUGCUAAGUGAAAGAAGCCAGUCACAAAAGACCGAGCGAUUCCAUUUAUAGAAAUGUCCAGAAAAGGCAAACCCAUGAAGUCGGCAGGCAGAUUAGUGGUUGCCUGGGGCUAGCAGUUCGAACUGGAAGGGACUGCAAAUGGGCAGGCUGGGUCUUUUCGGGGUGAUGAAAAUGGUCCAAAACUGGGUUGUGGAGAUUGUUGUGCAACUCUGUAAAUGUACUAAAAAUUGUUGAAUUGUAUACUUACAAUGAGUAGAUUUUAAGGUAUGCAAUUUAUACCUCAAUAAAGCUAUUGAAGAAAAAAGAAAAUCCUGGACAUAAUCUCUAAAAUUAGAAUAAAUUAGGCUGCCAGUGGCCUAAACACACAUCCUGCUGCGUUUACUGGGAAAUGCAUUCUGUUUCCAUGAUUCUCACAAAGUCCAGUGCCAGGGCCACGGGAUGCCGGGCUGAGCAGCGUUUUCUUUGAUGCUAAGGCACUUUCUUCCUGGGAAGUAAAUCUCAGCUGUAAUCUCUGUUAUGAAAACAAGCAAUCUCAGGUUGUUUCCGGAUGAGCCCACAUAACCAGAUGAAAUCAGUCAGUUAAACCAAUCAGCCAGCCUCGCUGCUAAAUGUCUGGUGCACCCCAAUUCCAGGCAUUUGCUGGAGCUUGCUUUUCUGCUGGUGUUAUUGUUUCCUUGGCGUUGCUCAGGGGGAGCAUCUUUGACAACACAGAAUCGAGUGGUCUCAUUAGAGCUGCGGGGUCUGGAACUCCCAGAGUGUGGCUGUGCUCAGCAAAUGAGGCUGCUUCCCUUUGAUGGGGGCAAGUUCACAAUGCCUGCUCCUGUGUCCUCGCUCCGUUUCCCAGCCGGGCGUUCGCUUCAGCUGGUGAGGCAGGUAACUUCUAACAGCCAGACCCGGUGGCAGGAUGCAGAUUUGUAAACGCCCGGAGCCUGAGUACUUAAAGCAUUGGUGUGUGAGAACCGGGCUCGAGUGCCCUCGUGACUGUGGAGUCUUAGCGUGAUUCAUGGUUGAGGAAACGCAGCCUCUGCCUCAUCUCUCCUUGGCACUCUUCACACAUGAGGGGAAGACGAGCUUCUGUUUAGAAGACGAGCGCCCAGAGUCGGAGGCCCCCUGCCCACCAUGAAGGGGAUCCGCGUCCUUGCGUGGCUGCUCUCAAGCCUGGGGCUGUGGAGACUCGCCCACCCGGAGACACAGGGCGCGGCUCAGUGUCAGCGGGCUGAGCACCCGGUCAUUUCCUAUAAAGAAAUCGGCCCCUGGUUACGAGAGUUCCGGGCGAAGAAUGCUGUGGAUUUCUCGCAGUUAACAUUUGACCCAGGACAGAAAGAACUGGUUGUAGGAGCAAGAAACUACCUCUUCAGGUUGAAGCUUGAGGAUCUGUCUCUUAUCCAGGCCGUGGAGUGGGAGUGCGACGAAGCUACCAAGAAAGCCUGCUACAGCAAGGGCAAAUCCAAGGAGGAAUGUCAGAACUACAUCCGGGUGCUUUUGGUGGGUGGCGACCGGUUAUUCACCUGUGGGACCAACGCUUUCACACCUGUCUGUACCAACCGCUCGCUGAGCAACCUGACCGAGAUCCACGAUCAGAUCAGCGGCAUGGCCCGCUGUCCUUACAGCCCGCAGCACAACUCCACGGCCCUGCUCACGGCCGGAGGGGAGCUGUACGCGGCCACCGCCAUGGAUUUCCCAGGACGCGAUCCUGCCAUUUACCGGAGUCUGGGCAUCCUGCCCCCCCUCCGCACGGCGCAGUACAACUCCAAAUGGCUCAACGAACCAAACUUCGUGUCCUCUUAUGACAUCGGAAAUUUUACCUACUUCUUUUUCCGAGAAAAUGCCGUGGAGCACGACUGCGGGAAAACCGUGUUCUCCAGGGCUGCCCGGGUCUGCAAGAACGACAUCGGAGGGCGGUUCCUGCUGGAGGACACCUGGACCACGUUCAUGAAGGCACGCCUGAACUGCUCGCGGCCCGGGGAGGUCCCCUUUUACUACAACGAAUUGCAGAGCACUUUCUUCCUGCCCGAGCUGGAUUUGAUCUAUGGCAUCUUUACCACCAAUGUGAACAGCAUCGCCGCGUCGGCCGUGUGCGUCUUCAACCUGAGCGCCGUCUCGCAGGCCUUCGCCGGGCCCUUCAAGUACCAGGAGAACUCGCGCUCCGCCUGGCUGCCCUAUCCCAACCCCAACCCCAACUUCCAGUGCGGCACCGUGGACCAGGGCGUGUACGUGAACUUGACGGAGAGGAACCUGCAGGAUGCUCAGAAGUUCAUUCUGAUGCAUGAGGUGGUGCAGCCGGUGACCACGGUGCCCGCCUUCAUGGAGGACAGCAGCCGCUUUUCCCACGUGGCCGUCGACGUGGUGCAGGGCCGAGACGCGCUCGUCCACAUCAUCUACUUGGCCACAGAUUACGGCACCAUUAAGAAGGUGCGGGCGCCCCUGAAUCAGACCUCGGGCAGCUGUCUGCUGGAAGAGAUCCAACUCUUCCCCGAGGGGCGGCAGGAGCCCGUCCGGAGCCUGCAGAUCCUCCACAGCCAGAGCGUCCUGUUCGUGGGCCUGCGGGGACACGUGGUCAAGAUCCCGCUGAAGAGGUGCCAGUUCCACCGCACGCGCAGCGCCUGCAUUGGGGCCCAGGACCCUUACUGCGGCUGGGACGUGGUGAUGAAGACGUGCACCAGCCUGGAGGAGAGCCUCAGCAUGACGCAGUGGGAGCAGAGCAUCUCCACCUGUCCGACCAGGAAUCUCACCGUGGACGGACGCUUUGGCGCGUGGUCUCCGUGGACGCCCUGCACGCACACAGACGGCAGCGCCGUGGGAUCCUGCCUCUGCCGAGCCCGCGCCUGUGACAGCCCCGCCCCGCAGUGCGGCGGCUGGCAGUGUGAGGGUCCCAGCAUGGAGAUCGCCAACUGCUCCAGGAACGGAGGCUGGACCCCCUGGACGUCGUGGUCUCCCUGCAGCACCACCUGUGGGAUCGGCUUCCAGGUGCGGCAGCGCUCCUGCAGCAACCCCACGCCCCGGCACGGCGGCCGCGUGUGCGUGGGGCAGAACCGCGAGGAAAGAUACUGCAACGAGCAUUUGCUGUGCCCCCCACACAUGUUCUGGACGGGCUGGGGUCCCUGGGAACGGUGCACGGCCCAGUGCGGGGGCGGCAUUCAAGCUCGCCGCAGGACCUGCGAGAACGGGCCGGACUGUGCGGGCUGCAACGUGGAGUACCAGCCUUGCAACACGAACCCGUGCCCUGAGCUGAAGAAGACCACACCCUGGACACCCUGGACUCCCGUCAACAUCUCUGACAACGGUGGCCACUACGAGCAGCGAUUCCGAUACACAUGCAAAGCCCGCCUGCCUGAUCCGAAUUUGCUGGAAGUGGGGAGACAGAGAAUCGAAAUGCGAUACUGUUCUAGUGAUGGAACCAGCGGCUGCUCCACAGAUGGGCUGUCCGGGGAUUUCCUGCGUGCCGGGCGGUACUCUGCCCACACCGUCAACGGGGCGUGGUCAGCCUGGACGUCCUGGUCUCAGUGCAGCCGCGACUGCAGCAGGGGCAUUCGGAACCGGAAGCGUGUUUGCAACAACCCCGAGCCCAAGUACGGGGGCAUGCCUUGCUUGGGCCCGUCCCUGGAGUACCAGGAGUGUAACAUUUUGCCAUGCCCAGUGGAUGGCAUGUGGUCUUGCUGGUCCCCCUGGUCCAAAUGCUCAGCGACAUGUGGCGGUGGACACUACAUGAGGACCCGCUCGUGCACGAACCCGGCCCCAGCCUACGGAGGGGACAUCUGCCUGGGGCUGCACACGGAAGAGGCGCUGUGCAACACGCAGCCCUGCCCGGAGAGCUGGUCAGAGUGGUCGGACUGGUCCGAGUGUGACGCCUCUGGCGCCCAGACCCGCAGCCGCCAGUGUGUCCUGCUGUUCCCCGUGGGCGGCCAGUGCUCCGGCAACACCACCGAGAGCCGGCCGUGUGUUUUCGACUCUAAUUUCAUCCCAGAAGUAUCUGUGGCAAGAUCCAGUAGCGUAGAAGAGAAAAGGUGUGGAGAGUUCAACAUGUUCCACAUGAUCGCGGUGGGGCUGAGCAGCUCCAUCCUCGGCUGCCUCCUCACCCUGCUGGUCUACACCUACUGCCAGCGGUACCAGCAGCAGUCCCACGAUGCGACCGUCAUCCACCCUGUCUCUCCCGCCCCUCUCAACACCAGCAUCACGAACCACAUCAACAAACUGGACAAGUACGACUCGGUGGAGGCCAUCAAGGCAUUUAACAAAAACAACUUGAUCCUAGAGGAAAGAAACAAAUACUUCAACCCACAUCUCACUGGGAAGACCUAUUCUAAUGCCUACUUUACAGAUCUCAAUAACUACGAUGAGUACUAAUAGCUCUUGUACUUUUGGCUUCUUGUAAACCCCCAGUUCCUCAAGGCCUGAGCUCCAUGACUGCCCAUGUUUCUGAGGCUUCAGAGAUGAAGUUUGGACACAUUUCAAGUACAUUUCAAGCCACGAGUGUCCCAUUGUUGCCAAAAAAUGUGCAUCUAUAAAAGCAACAAAAAUCUAAAUAUGACAUCACGAAAAUCUGCUCUACCACACUUGAUCAUUGUUGAAUGAGCCAUGGUGUGAAAUUUUUAAUUGUGUUCAGACCAUUUCUCUAACAUGUUCACUGUUUUCUUGAGGUUUAUUUCAUAAAUGUGCCACCCAAGUUGGAAGGAAUCUUUAGAAAUAUGAAUGUCUUUUGCUUUUGAGUGUAAAUCUUCAUGACGUUUUAAUUCAAGAAAAUAGGCACUUUAUCUGAGAAUCCCCCUAUAAGGAGUGCUUGGGUUGACAGUAUUUGAUAAAAUUAAGAAGGCGAACGUGGCCAAACUAUUCACCAUCCAGCUCCCCUGCUACCCAAUAUGGAUAAUACUGUGGAUUCUUGGAAGCGAGUUAUGUUUGGAUUUGGAAUGACCCCUGCCUGGGUAAGCCCAGGGAUUCCAUCUGAUCUGCACCUACAGAGGUGGCGGUCACUGUGAGGUGCCCCACCUUGGUCCUGAUGCCGUUGCUGUGUCAUCACAGUGAAGCAUGGACGUGUUCUGCAGGUUGCUACAAAACUAGCCUUAUUUUGACUUUUGGAUUUCAUGGCAUUCCAGGGAGCUCCUUGUCAUGCUGUUGGCCUGGAAGCCCACCUGUCUGGUCCACUAUAACGUUCUGAAGAACCAAUCUGUGAAAUAACCACUUGUUUAGCUUUUGGAUUGACUCUACACCUUCCCUUAGCCUGCAAAGAAAAAUCUUGAACAUUCAUGAUGCCAAUUAGGGAAAGUAUUGGAAGUGCUUAGCUAUAACUGAAAACAUUUUUUUUUUUAUUUUCCAUGGUAUGGAAAGUAUUGAAAGAACUGACAUCAAUGAAAAUUGAUGUUUCAUUGUCUGUCUCCCUGUUAUAACCAAUGUGUAGCAAUCAGCCCCUACCAAGAGCAUUAAUGAUGUGUGAAGCUGGCUCUCUGGAGCCCAUUGUCAUCUUUGUGGGUCCAUGUGAAGUGUUACUCCUGUACCUGCUGUCACUUGCUGUGACCAGAGCAGGGGAGCAGGCAAUGCUGAGCUCUGGUGCCUUCCCUUUCGUCUCAGUGCUGCCUGCCCGCCCACCCCACCCCCCUUCUCCCUGCACGGAGGGACAGGUGUUUCAAGAUCAGAAUUCAGGGUAGCUGGAAGUAAAGUUUCACUGAUCCCUGUUGUCUCAACAUUGAUCACUGAUAAGCAGUUCAGAAUGUUACAACACCAUUCACAGAAGUCCCCAGAGAAAAGAAAAGAGCAUAAAUUUCUCACCAACAACCCAUAUGUAACAUAUGGCAGUUUGUUGAAUAAUUUUUAAGAGGAAGAACGAGAUUGAAAAUGUUUAUCUGAUGCCUGUGGGCAUUGUGAAACAGGCCUGGGUGGACGUGGAAAUGAGUUCUUAUUGAUAAAUGAACCUUCAGAUGUGUGAAAAUAUAUAGGAACACAGAAUUUGAUUAGCAGAUGUGUUUUUACCCUGUCCAAUUUAAAGAAACAAUUUCAGAAAGUGUUGGGAAAAAUCCUAUGUUUAAUAAUGAAUAUUCUUGAUUUCAAAAUAUUUUCAUGUGUCCAAAUUUGCAGGAAUGACACUGUCUUAAAAUUGGAAUUAAAAUAGUGGGAAAGCUCCGGAAGGUCUGUGAGACUGCACAGGAAUGACACCAGGCGCUUUCCAGAGAGGACUUCGUAUGGCAUCUCAUGCCUUCCUCCUGCGCGGUGUAAGGUCACCUGUCUGUGCGGACGCUCAAAGGCACACUCCCUGGGUGAAAUGUAGCCAGACAGGCUCCUAAUUGCUCCUGGGUUGGAGUUUCAUUGGAUACUUCAACUCAUCAUUUUCCUGUAAGAGAAAACAUCCUCACUGUGUAGCACAUUUAAGCUGUUUUUUAAUCCACACCCGCCUCAAUAUUUCCUAAAUUUAAAAGGAGAUUUUAUUCCCUCUGGGAAAGAGGGAUACAAAUAUUUCAAGAACGUGUCACUGGACUUAUGAAAAAUGCUUUCUAAGUGACAUCCAAGCUGAUCUUUAAUCACUUUUGUGCAAUGGCUGUGGGAAACACCCUCCCCCCACCAUGGAAAUUUCACGUUGUUGAUAAUAUAAACCUUCCAGAUUAGCACUGCAGAAAUCCCCUCAUUUCUGUUCCCUGACACUAUUCUAAGGAAUUCUCUCCUCUCUCCUCUCCUCCUCCUCCUCCUCCUCCUCCUCCUCCUCCUCUUCUUCUUCUUCUCUCUCUCUCUC